ACGCACGCGCUAUAAACUAUACAUUUGUAUGCGCAUAAUAUAGUGUAUACUAUGAACGUGUGAAAUUUAUGCAUUGCAAUUUCAUUCGGUAAGAUAAACUGUAAAAUAUAUCUACUUAUUUCAGAUAAAGUUAGUCAGGUUGUUGUGUGUUGGUUAUAAGCAUUUUAGAAGAAAAUCUAAGCAUAUCGUUAAUAUUCAAAUGAUGGCAGAUAUAGAUAAUACAGCAGAUUUUAAAAAAGAUUCCAAUGGAAGAAACAUUGAAACAGUUUAUUGUGCUUAUUGCUCUUCGAAAAUACUUAAUCCAGGAUCGGCAACUUUUAUAAAUAUGAACUUUUCUUUGCCUCAUAUGAUCCGCAGGCGAGAUGAAGAAGCUGAAAAAAGGGAGCUAAUAAACGAUUAUUGGUUAGUCGAAGAGAUCAAUAGCUUUGAAAAUAUUGGUGUGUCUCAUAAAGUGGAAAAUGUCAAAUAUUUGGCGUGUGCAGAUUGUGAAAGAGGCCCCAUCGGAUGGCAUGACUUAUCCACAUUCCGUUCAUACAUAGCAUUAUGUAGGGUUAAGCAUCAAAAAUCCAACUGCUAGAUGUAAAAUGUUAAUCUUAAAUUGCAAAGUUUAUUUUCAUCUAUACGAAUAAUUAUUUUGUACUAAUGAACACCAUUGUGCCAUUGUAUGUGCAAUUUUUUAUGAAUCGUCAAGAAUUUUAUGAUUUGUAAUAUGCUUGAUCUUGAUUUUCA